AUGCAAGAUAAUGUGUUGGAAUACAGCAUUGUCAUCACCUGGGACAAUCUACCAGUGACACACAGACCUGUUACUUUCCACUUAAGCGGGGAUCAAGGACUGCUGAUGGAAGUAAAUGCUCCCUACUUCCAUGACCCUCCAGCACUGCCUGGUGGCCCAGGCCAAGUUUUUAAUGGACUCUGGGAGUUUGAAAUUGUGGAAGCAUUUUUUCUGAACAGCACAACCAAAGAAUAUUUGGAAGUAGAACUUUGCCCAUAUGCACAGCGUUUAGUCCUCUUGCUUUCCAGUGGUGAUGCUUUUGCAAAAGAGUUGGAUUUAAAUUUUAGGGCUGACAUAGGUAGGAAUGAGUGGAAUGGAACUACACUUCUUCCUUGGGAAUAUUUCCCACCUGGAAUUGACAAAAUGAAUUUAUAUGCCAUCCAUGGAUCUGGGGAUAGAAGAAUUUAUGAAGCUCUUUAUCCAAUACACCAUGAAGAGAUUGCAGCUGGACAAGUGCCCAAUUUCCAUUGCCUGGAGUAUUUCAAACUCUUUGAUCUGAAGUGGGUGAUGGGAGACGACUGGGAGCAGCCCCAUUCAAAGCUGCUGUUUUAG